UCCGUUUGUGUGGGGUUUCGUGACGAACCGAGGACAACCUUUCCAGUGACAAAAUCAUCGCUUCUCCGUGACUUUGGUCCUGUCAUCCCUGUGUCUCCUACCUACUACCAGCGAGUGCGCGUGUGGUCUCCUCGCGUCACUUGGCCCGGCUCCUUCCACGCUCCGCUCCCUCCAGCCCCUUUCUCCUCGUCCCCAACUCUAUCCUCCCUCCCGAUCCAACCCCAUCACACACAGGAGUACCCACACUGCCAAGUCCCAAACCCCCAAAAGGUUUGAAGGUUUCAGCUCCCUGGCUGUGCAUAGGACCAUAUCACACACAACGGUAAUGGGGGCCAUGACAAUGGCGAGCAGCUCCCUCGCCCUCCGCCCGCGCGCAUCGGCAUCGUCAUCGUCGCCGCCGUCCCGUCCUCCUCAUGACGCGGCGGCAUUGCCCGCCCGGCGGCGCCCGGCCACCGAGAAUACUCUACGGAGGCUCUCAGCGUCCGUGGAGCCAGACCGGCGUCCGGCGGCUGCCGAGACGACGUCGGCAAUGCGGCUCUACUCGGUGGCGCCGUACCCGCUGCUGCUCGCGGCGCUGCUGCCGGGCGCGGAGCCCGUGGCGUCCGCGUUCGCGCCGUUCGUGGACAUCGUCAAGACCUUCAGCCUCCCCGACUGGCUCGUCCACUGGGGCCACCCCGGCAACAUGGCUGUUGUGCUCUUCGCAAUGGGUGGGUACGGCUCAUAUUUGGGCUUCAGGAUCAAACUGUCCGAUGACCCUGAAGAGAAGACCAAGGCCAAGGACCUCCACCCCAAGCUCCUCGGCGGCAUGUUCUUCUUCUUCGCCCUCGGCGCCACCGGCGGGGUCACCGCUCUCCUCACCUCCGGUAAACCCAUCUUCGAAAGUCCUCAUGCGGUCACCGGAAUCAUUGGCCUUGCACUCCUGACCAUCCAGUCUCUCCUGCCAACACUGUUUGAGGGAAACCCUGGGAUCAGAGGCGCGCAUGGAAUACUCGGCAGCGGCAUCAUGACGCUGUUCCUUGUCCAUGCAGCGUUCGGGCUGCAGCUUGGCCUCAGUUUCUAGGUUGUGGGCUUGUGGCUGGACCGGAGGAUUUGGGGAUUUGUUUCUCUGUGGCUCUGAUCGGCUACUACGUGUCUACGCACUUGUCGGAUAGAACAUGUACUCUCUUCUAGGAUUAUUAUCAUGACAAGAAUCCCGUUAUGAAUGAAUCACAAUAGUCGUCUCUGUUAGCAACUGCAGUGGAUCGACUGUUGUCUGUGCCAGAUGGAAAUGCUCUUGCCUAUACUACUACGGUAUGGUAGCGAGAAGCAGAAUAAAAACCAGAAGUAGAACAAAGCCCAAUUAUUGUAA